GCCAUUUGCAUCACUUACUCCUGGGGUCUGUGUGAGCAUCUGGCCCCGACCUGGUAAAGGGUCGGUUUCGCCCAGCAGUAAGCCCUACAUGUGGACAGAGGACGAACACCGGACGAGCGAACGGAGACCACAUGCAACAAGUGGUGACCCCGACGUGAUCUGUCUGCUGAGGGUGGCUGCCCGGCGUGCCCGUGACGCGGAGAAGAGCCUGUGAGGUGGCGGCAGGUCGCGCACGGAAGACGUAUUGCGGUUAAGAGCCUGUGAGGUGGCGGCAGGUCGCAUACGUAACAAUGCACCAAGUCAUUAAGGUACUUGUGCAGUUUUGUAAGGACUACUGUGGAAAAUCUACUCCUUCCGGGAAGGAGAUCGCGGCAGUUUUGUCGCUGUUAAAUGAGCUGGGGGAGCUGGACUCUCCCCGCUACGUUUUGGAUUCGAGUAGGUGGGACUUGCUCACCUUGGCGCUAUGCCAGCGCGCCAUGGCCAGUCAGAAGGCUACGGAACUUAAAACGUGGGGACUGAUGUUAGGAGCCCUUAAGGCGGCCAGGGCAGAGCACAAACUUGGCGCGGUCAUGAGCGGGGAGGGAGCUCCGGGGAGCGGGUCUUUGGAGUUUUGCAGGACCGGCGCUCAGACCGGCGCUCAGACCGGCGCUCAGACCGGCGCUCAGACCGGCGCUCAGACGACAGCGAAUAAAACGGCGACGGAGAGAGAGGAAGAUUGCGAGAAGGACAACGAAGAGUCGCAGAGGCUCGGGGGGGGUGCAACGGCGCCGACGGCCCCUCCUAAUUCUAUUGCGCUGUCGCCGCCCCCGCCCUACCCUAAGCAGCCGUUAUAUCCUUCCUUGGCAACGACAUCGGAGCAGGGGGCGGGACCAUCCCCAAAAGGAAAGGGGGAGGGGAGACUUAAGCUUACUGAUUGGGGGCAGAUCAAAGAGGAAGUGGCACAGAAAGGUCUGGCGGCAACUUAUACACUCCCAGUUGUUGUCUCGGAGGAGGGAGGCCCAAUCUGGGUCCCGUUGGACCCAAAGGGGGUAGCAAGGAUGAUUGAGGCAGUAGAAAAGAAAGGGCUGAAGUCGCCAUUGACGAUGAAUGCCCUUGAGGCCCUCACAGCAUCGGGCCCAAUGCUGCCUUAUGAUAUUGAAAAUUUAAUGCGCAUGGUGUUGAAACCAGUGCAGUAUACGCUCUGGAGAGAGGAGUGGCAUACCAAAUUAAAACAAAUGCUGAUUACGGCGCAGGGUGAUCAAAGAAACCCCAUAUAUGGGUCCGAUAUACAGAGAUUAACGGGCAAUGCACCAGGUCUGCUGACCCCUCAAGCACAAGUUUGUCAACUUAGACCAGGAGAGUUGAUAGCAACUACGGACGCUGCAAUAGACGCGUUCCAAAAGCUUGCAAGGAGUGCUGAGCCCACUACUCCGUGGACAGAGAUUGCGCAAGGCCCCACAGAGCCAUUUCAGGAGUUUGCAGACAGAUUAAUUAAGGCAGUGGAAGGCUCGGAUCUGCCCAGAGCAGUUCACGGUCCCGUCAUCCUGGAUUGCUUGUAUCAGAAGUCCAGUGAAGGGGUGCAGGGGAUUUUGCGAGCGGCGCCGGGGAGGCUCCAAACCCCUGGUGAGGCCAUCAAGUAUGUCCUAGAUAAGCAAAAGGCCUGCCCGUCUGUGGCAGGGGAGGUAGCUGCGGCGGUAGCAGGAGUGAUGAUGGCCUGUAGGGAGGCGGACCAUCGUAGUGCAGACCGACAGUUAGGACCUUGCUUUAAAUGUGGUCAGGUGGGCCACAUUAGGGCCCAAUGCAGAAUGGGCACGGGUGGAGGCGUAACAUGUCAGCAGUGUGGGCGGAAGGGUCAUACAGCACCACAAUGCAGGGCCCGUAGGCCUCCACGCCAGGGAAAUAACAACGGGAGACAGUCCGAGCACGGUGACUUCAUUUUUCGACCUAUGCAGGCCCCUGACCUAAGUUUACCCAUGGCGGCGCUGUCUCUAAGUACCCAUGAGCGCCCUCUGGUGAAAGCCACUAUUUCUUGCACCAACCUCCCGCCGGAUUUUCAAGGCCCUCGAUCUAUCUUUGUCACUGCCCUCAUAGAUUCCGGCGCCGACGUUACUGUGGUCGCGGAAACAGAAUGGCCAUCCUCGUGGCCCGCGGAGGCCUCGCAGUCUAUUAUGGGGGUUGGAGGGGCGACCCCCUCACACCGGUCUACCAAUGAGGUACAAGCGGUUGUGAUUAACAGGGAUGGCUCCUUAGAGAAACCGGCGUUGCUUACACCAUUGGUGGCGCGUGUCCCCGGAACUCUUCUGGGGCGGGAUUUCUUGCGACAAACAGCAUGCUUGAUACAGGCUCUAAAUACAACCCUCCCUUGGGACCCCCAAGAAUUGGAUAUUUUAGGGUCCCAGAUGAUCAAGAACGGAACAACACGUACGUGUGUUACCUUUGGUUCGGUGUGCUAUAAAGAGAACAAUCGCAGUAGAGUCUGUCACAAUUUUGAUGGGAAUUUUAAUGGGACUGGUGGGGCGGAAGCAGAAUUGCGUGACUUCAUAGCAAAAUGGAAAAGUGAUGACCUUCUUAUAAGGCCCUAUGUCAACCAAUCAUGGACGAUGGUAAGUCCAAUAAACGUAGAGAGUUUUUCAAUAAGUCGUAGAUAUUGUGGAUUCACCAGUAACGAGACUCGUUACUAUAGAGGGGACCUUUCUAAUUGGUGUAGUUCAAAAAGGGGAAAAUGGUCAGCGGGGUACAGCAACGGGACAAAAUGUUCCAGCAACACGACAGGUUGUGGUGGUAAUUGCACAACGGAAUGGAAUUAUUAUGCAUAUGGGUUUACCUUCGGGAAACAGCCAGAGGUGUUGUGGAACAAUGGGACUGCUAAGGCACUCCCACCAGGUAUUUUCUUGAUUUGUGGGGACAGGGCUUGGCAAGGCAUCCCGCGUAAUGCCUUGGGAGGGCCCUGUUAUCUAGGACAAUUGACUAUGCUCUCUCCUAACUUUACCACCUGGAUAGCGUAUGGGCCGAACAUUACGGGUCACCACCGUAGCAGGCGCUCGCUGAGUCGUCUCUCGCCUGACUGCGGUGAUGAGCUACAGCUAUGGAGUGUGACAGCCCGGAUAUUUGCUUCUUUCUUUGCUCCUGGUAUAGCAGCAGCACAGGCCUUAAAGGAGAUCGAACGAUUGGCAUGUUGGUCAGUUAAGCAAGCAAAUUUAACAUCAUUAAUAUUGAAUGCGAUGCUGGAGGAUACGAGCAGCAUCCGGCACGCAGUGUUGCAGAAUCGAGCAGUCAUCGAUUUCUUACUCCUGGCGCAGGGACACGGGUGUCAAGACGUGGAAGGGAUGUGUUGCUUCAAUCUCAGCGAUCACAGUGAGUCCAUUCACAAGGUGCUCCAAGCCAUGAAGGAACAUACGGAGAAGAUACGGGUGGAAGAUGAUCCCAUAGGGGACUGGUUUACGCGCACGUUUGGUGAUCUAGGAAGGUGGCUCGCGAAAGGUGUUAAGACGCUACUGUUUGCCUUGCUUGUCAUAGCCUGUCUAUUAGCUAUCAUUCCAUGUAUAAUCAAGUGCUUUCAGGAUUGUCUAUUGAGAACAAUGAAUCAGUUUAUGGAUGAACGCAUAAAAUAUCAUAGAAUUAGGGAGCAGCUGUAGGUUCCGAACGCGAUGUGACGGGAGCUAUCGGCAUAGGGAGGGGGAGAUGUUGUAUGCGUAGCGAGGGAAACGAGGUGUGUUGUAGGCGCAGCGAGGGAAACGAGGUGUGACGCGUGCAGGUUCCUAUGCCACCUGUGUUAUGCCACCUUUGUGUGCCAAGUGUAACUUCGUGAUUGGAGGAAACACUUGUAUUUAAACACGUAGCCUAUAGCAAUAAACGCCAUUUGCAUCACUUACUCCUGGGGUCUGUGUGAGCAUCUGGCCCCGACCUGGUAAAGGGUCGGUUUCGCCCAGCAGUAAGCCCUACAUGUGGACAGAGGACGAACACCGGACGAGCGAACGGAGACCACAUGCAACAGGAAUGUAUUACUUCAAGUAGCAGAAAUUACGGGGGCAGAUAUAAGGAAUAGUUCAGGAAAUUGUUUUAACACUUUCUUUUGAUAGAUGUUGUUUAAUUUAAUUCAGUAUAUGAUCAGGUGUGUUAGAACCACAAAUAUCAGAGAAAAAAAUGUAAAAAGCAGUCUGUUAUCAGCAACAAAACACAAAUUAAGCUUGUUGAUUAGACUUCCAAAUUCUUGAAAUUUUAUUAUGAUAUUCAAUAUUGGAGAUAUGACAUGAAGUAUCAGACUUGACUUAUAACUUUAAUUUCAGAAGACAUUAAUGAUCUCAAUACUGGAAAUAUAUAACCAAACAAAUGUGACAGUUUUUAAUUAUUGUUAGAAUUUAAUAAUUUACAAGAAGAACUCAAUUAGUAGAACUCAAUUAUUUCUGUAAAAAACUGAGUUCUGUCUGGACUCAUUUCUAAAGAUUUGUCAUUAUUAUUUAGUUUUAUUAUUAAUAUUUUCCUUCUGAUUUAGGAACCUUUCAAAAUGUAGCAGUUCGUGUCUGUUUUAAAAUGUGAAUACUUACGAAAAGAUGAUGGGAUGAACAUCAAUAUACUUCUGUUGUGAGUGCAUAUAAAUGCUUUCUACUGCGUAUGCUUAUUGACUCUGAUUUGCUCCUAUUUCACAAUUUAUUCAGAGUAAUAUUUUUAAAUUAACAUUUUAAUUGUCAUUCUUUAAAAUAACAUUUUUUAAAAUGUUGAAAUUGUAUUUCUUAAAAAUAAAUAAAUAAAUAACCAUGAAAAGGA